UCCCCUGAACCCAAAGAACUAAGCCAGUUCUUGUAGAGGAAGAGAUAUGGAGGGAAAAAACGAAGUAAAACUACAUGGAAUGUGGGUUAGUGCUUACUCUAAGAGAGUGGAACUGGCCCUCAGACUCAAAGGCAUACCUUAUGAGUACAUAGAAGAGGAUUUGAUCAACAAGAGCCGGUUGCUCCUCAAGUACAAUCCAGUUCACAAGAAGGUACAUGUACUCAUCCACAAUGGAAAACCUAUCUCCGAGUCACACAUCAUCCUAGAAUACAUCGACGAAACUUGGAAGACUGCUCCUAAGCUCCUGCCUGAAGAUCCUUACGAAAGAGCCAAAGUUCGAUUCUGGGCUAGUUUUAUCCAGCAACAGUUGUUUGAGAGCAUACUCAAACUGGUGACAAGUCAUGGGGAAGCACAAGAAAAAGCAGCCGCUGAAGUGAUUGAGAGGCAGGGAGUCUUUGAAGAAGGAAUGAAGGAGUAUUUUGCAGGAGGUGAUUCUUUCACUAAUGAGAAGAAUUGGGGGCUUCUAGACAUAUUGAUGGGUUCAACAUUUGGCGCUUACGAAGUUCAUGAAGAAGUGUAUGGUUUCAAACUGAUGGACCCGGAUAAGAAUCCAUUACUGUUCUCAUGGAUUACAAGAUUGAAGGAGCAUCCAUUGAUGAAGGGAUUACUGCCUCCUCAUGAGUCAUGACAAGCUUGUCGAGUUCCUUCAACUUAUUAGACGAACAAGUCAUGCUAGAGGGGCUGAAUCAAAUUAGCUGAUCACCUACCAAUAUUGAUCAGCUAGUCUGAUACCUUUCGCGUUACUAAAACAUAUUAGGGUUAUAUCAUAUUUGUUGCCUAGCUAGAUUGACAGCUGCGUGCUUUUUCCAUGGUUUUGUAGAAAAACAAGUGACGAUGAAAGGGUCUGGCUUGGCUAACCUUUCUGGGUUUUUGCCAAGGCUCCCAAUCUGUGUCUAGAGGUUGCUGGAUUGUGCUUGCAAUAAUGCCAUUAGGCACAUUGUAUGAUUGUAUCUGUAACAAGACAAGGCAAAUGUAAUUCUUGAAAAGAUGAAUGAAGAUAUGGUAUGUU